GGAAGGCCCAGGGAACCAAGCAGCGCUGCCGCCGCCGCCGCUGUAGCCUGAGUUGGAGGAGGGAGAAGCCAGGAAGAAAAUGGCGGCCGUGGCUGCAGAGGCGGCAGCGACUGCAGCGUCCCCCGGGGAGGGGGGCGCCGGCGAGGCCGAGCCGGAGAUGGAGCCCAUUCCCGGCAGCGAGGCCGGCACUGACCCCCUCCCGGUCACGGCCACUGAAGCAUCUGUGCCGGACGGCGAAGCCGACGGGCAGCAGUCCUCUUCUCAGGCCGACGAGCCGCCGUUCCCGCCGCCGCCGCCGCCGCCGCCGCCGCCGCCGCCGCCGGGGGAGCUAGCCCGCAGCCCGGAGGCGGCGGGGCCGGAGCUGCAGCCUGAGGAGAAGCUGCCCGCCCGGGUGGUGGAGCCGGCGGCAGCCGCGCCACAGGAAGGGCCUGGCCUUUCACCUUCCCCUGCAUCGCCGCCCGAGGAGCCCGCGGCUCCCGAGGAGCGCCAGGAACCGCCGCUGCCCCAGCCCUCAGCCCCGGCGCUCGUGCCGCCGGCGGGCGGGGACUCCGCGGUGUCGCAACUGAUCCCCGGCUCGGAGGUGCGGGUCACGCUGGACCACAUCAUUGAGGACGCGCUCGUCGUGUCGUUCCGCCUCGGGGAGAAGCUUUUCUCCGGGGUCCUCAUGGAUCUGUCCAAAAGGUUUGGGCCCCAUGGGAUCCCUGUGACAGUAUUUCCCAAAAGGGAAUAUAAGGAUAAACCUGAAGCCAUGCAGCUCCAAAAUAAUACAUUCCAAGAAGGGACAGAUGUCAAGCGUGAAGUGAAUGGUGCUGUUCCCGAAGACCCUUCUCCUGUCCCGCCUCCUGAGCUGAGCUUGGCCGAAAGCCUGUGGACUUCCAAACCACCACCUCUCUUCCAUGAAGGAGCACCUUAUCCUCCCCCUUUGUUUAUCAGGGACACAUAUAACCAAUCAAUACCUCAGCCACCUCCUCGGAAAAUUAAGCGACCCAAACGAAAAAUGUACAGGGAAGAACCUACUUCAAUAAUGAAUGCUAUUAAACUACGACCCAGGCAAGUCUUGUGUGACAAGUGUAAAAACAGUGUCGUUGCUGAAAAAAAAGAAAUUAGAAAAGGUAGUAGUGCAAGUGACUCUUCUAAAUAUGAAGAUAAAAAACGGAGAAAUGAAAGUGUAACUACUGUGAACAAAAAACUGAAAACUGACCAUAAGGUGGAUGGGAAAAACCAAAAUGAAAGCCAGAAAAGAAAUGCUGUGGUUAAGGUUUCAAAUAUUGCUCACAGCAGAGGCAGAGUAGUCAAAGUUUCUGCUCAGGCAAAUACAUCAAAAGCUCAGUUAAGUACUAAAAAAGUGCUCCAGAAUAAGAACAUGGAUCAUGCAAAAGCUCGGGAAGUGCUGAAAAUUGCCAAAGAAAAGGCACAGAAGAAGCAAAGUGAAACCUCUACGUCCAAAAAUGCACAUUCAAAAGUCCAUUUCACACGUCGAUACCAGAAUCCUAGCUCAGGUUCCCUUCCACCCCGGGUUCGUUUAAAACCACAGAGGUACAGGAAUGAAGAAAAUGACUCUUCUCUGAAGACAGGACUGGAGAAAGUGCGGAGCGGCAAGAUGGCACCGAAGCCCCAGUCCCGCUGCACCUCUACCCGCUCAGCAGGUCUCAACAAAUGGCAGCUAUUACAUCAGACAGUGACGAGUCCUGCUGCUCCCUUACAGUGUCUGACAGACCACUGUGGAUUCAGACUGGGAGCAUUGAAGUUAACAGUGAAACGGGCAGCACAAAGACAUUAGCAGGCUGCUGGUUUCAUGGACCUGUACCACAAUGACAGAGAACACCAGAGCAUCAGGACUGAAUGAAAUUGGAGACUCAGAUUUUUAAAGCUGCACUAAGAAGUAAAUAUGCAGGCAGUGGUUAAAACCAACAGUCUAUAAAGGGGCACUUGCAAAUUGUGCUAUAUUAAACCGAAGAAAAGGUAUUAGGGGAAUAUUUUAUUAAAAAACUAUUGCAAUAAAUUAUGCAUGAGAUGAGAAAAGUGAUGUGAAAUACGCAAAGAACUCUCUUGAAUUUUAUGUGUGAAGAAUCACUGACAGUACCUUCUUUUGAACAUGAAGUUCUUCUCAGUACAGUUUGGACACGCCUGAAAGGCAUGAGAUGAUGACAGAAAUGCUGAAUUAUUUUUCAUAUUAAAACUUUGUGCUUUCUCCAAGGUUUAUGUUAAUCAGCUCAGAUAUGAACAAAGGUAUUUCUAAAAUGGCUCUUCUAAUGAAACAAACAGCAAUAGUCACAAAUGCCGAGGCCAGUGUUUCCUUCAGGAUGCCAGUGGAAACAACAGAAAAGAUUAUCUAAUAAACAAACACAUCCUACUAAAAGGAUGGCAAAGUGUCCCCAACCCACUAAGAAAAUUUGGAUCUUUAGUAAAGCAGGGCUAUAUUAUCUUAAAUAUACAUUUGCUUGUUAGAACAUAUUAAGAUGUAUUUAUUUGCCACCAGUAUUUAAUAUUUUGUGCACAUUUUCAUAACUACAUUCUUAUCUUUCAAAUUCUGACUCAAAGUGGAUUAGGCUAGUGUUGAUCUUGGAGUGAAAAUGUACUACUCUAAGAGCCAGUUCUUAAUUCUGCUGAGCUGGAAAGGCUUUUACUAUUCUCCCUAUCCUUACAGAUUUCUGAACUAGUUCAGAAAAGGUGAUAAUACCUGAAUUUUGAUGUUGACCUCUCUCCACAGAGAGCCUCUCUUUCUAAGUGCAAGAGAUCCUCACAGGUGUCAGAUGGGACUUGACCCUGGGGAACAAGCAGCAGGAACAGACGCAUAAAGAUGGUGAACUUUUCAUGCAUAAAGUAUGAAUUCUUAUUAAUGGAGACUGUAAUGUUUUUCUCGUCUAUGAAAAAUACAUAUUAUGAAAAACCUUAAUUUUUAAUGAAUGGAGAAAACAUUAAUGAGAAAACCAGAUGGACCUGUUUGUUAGUACUACAUUUUUAAGGCAUUUUAUAUUUGAUGGUGCCGUACUUUUAAUAAUAAACCUGAAGUUUUUUAGUGGCAAUACUGAUUUAUUUUUUAAGCCAGGAAGAUAAUCCAUAUUGAUUACUUAAUACAAAAAAAGGAAAAAAAUAGAAAAUUCAUUUGAAGCAACAUAACUUGAGCAUUUGGCUUAAUUAAGCUUUGCAUAAUCUUACAGUAUAGGUUUGGAAUUACUUAUUAACCCCACACUCAAGAUUAACAAAAAGUUCUGGGUGAGUUUUAGAAUAUUUACUAUACCUGACUAGGAUUUGUUUUACAACUCAAAAGGUAGGCAGUCUUGCUUCUAGCGAGUUAAUGCAAAUCCUAAUUACACUGUAAGUAACUAAAAGUCUAGAUUGCAUUCUAAAAUUGUCUUUAUGGAAAAUUGAUCGUGAAGUCAUUAUACAUUUGAUCAAGUCUGAAAAAGUCAGCUCAGGAACUGUAGCAGCAGGGAGUUCUAAAGAUGAUGCACGCUUCAGUGGCACCCUGCUCUCUGGCCCCAGAGCUUAGGCUCGGGUCCCUCUUGUUCUUUCAGAUAUGUAACCCAGCAGUACCUUUCAGGCUCACUUCAAGAACCAGGUAACUCCCAGGUCAUAGCAGAUUUUGUGUAAUCAAAAAUUCUAAUUGCAGAGUGAUGGAAAUGACCAAGAAGUAAUAUAAAGGCAAAAGAACUGGGAGAGAUCAGGUUUUAAGUAAGUAUCUAAAUAUUUUUUAAGACAAUUCUCAGUGGUGUUAUAAACCAGAUUUUCACUUUUUUAAAAAUGAAACUUGGUGGUAUUUAAAAUCUAGACAUACCAUGUUGCUAUUUCACUUUCACUGCUUUAGUUGCUUAAUAUUUAAGCUUUGCUUCAUGCUUCCUUUGUCUGUAUUUCAAAUCUUCACAAGCCUAUUUCAUUUUGUGGACUUGAAUGACAAAAAUUGUUUCUCAUCUAAACUAUGCUGAGACCUAAAUGUUAAAGAAUGUUGUGUAACAUUUAUCCAAUAAAGUCUUGAAUAGUUUUUAA